AUGGAAGCAAUAUCGGAAGCUCUGCAGCCGUACAAGGAACAGGUCGGAAUGGCGGCCGGCAUACUAACGGUGGGACAGAUGUUUAGCGGUUGCUUUGUAUGCAACGACAUCCGGAAGAAAGGCACAACGGACGGUUUCUCGCCAAUGCCAUUCGUCGGUGGUUGUGGACUCACCGUUCUCUUCCUGCAGCAUGGAAUGCUGAUGAACGAUUCCGCUAUGACCAAUGCAAAUCUGGUUGGUCUCGCGAUCAGUUUGGUCUAUUCAACAUUUUUCCUGCUCUAUACACCGCCCACCGGUCGUUCCAGCUUCUGGCGCCAGGUCGGAGGAACGGUAUUGUUUACGAUCGUAUUACUCGGUUACGUGAAGAUCGAGAAUCCGUCGGUGGUAGAGGAUCGCUUCGGUUUGAUCAUCACCGUGCUGAUGCUUUGCCUUAUUGGACAGCCUCUAUUUGGCUUGCCGGACAUAAUACGUCGAAAAAGCACAGAAGGGCUACCAUUCGCCAUGAUCCUGUCCGGUACGAUCGUUGGACUUAGCUGGCUACUUUACGGUAUCAUCCUGAACAACGUGUUCGUUGUGCUACAAAACUUAGCUGGCGUUACGCUCAGCGGCAUCCAACUGGCACUGUUUGCCAUUUAUCCUUCGAAACCGGCACCACCGAGUAAAAAACGGGAAUGA